UACAAAUCUCAAGCUUAUCCUGAAUCUAUCAUCGUUGAAACUCUUUCGUUACUGCCUCAAAAUGCCUAUUAUUCCUGAGCCCGAGAAUUUUCCCACCGCCCAGAAGGGAAGCAGUGAGACUAAAUCCGAGGACAAGCCAAAGGCUUCAGCUCAAGAUCACAUAUCCAAGGGUCCACAAAUUCCCGACGAGAUGCCGCCAAAGGCCUCGCAUGAGGAGAUCGAGGCACGCAAGGAGGAACUGAAUAAGUCCAAGAAAGACUGAUGCUCUUCAAUAGCCUGUUUUUACUUCCUUGGGGUCACA